GAAGCGUUGUAUUGAGUCCUUGUGUAAGUGUCGCAACAGGCCUGUGAAUGCCUGCGCUUAUUUCUCGCGUCCCAGCGCUAACUGAGGCACACACACACACACACACACACAGGAACACGCGCACGCACCAACAGGAUCUUUACAAGCAGCAUGCAUUAACUCUGUGUACCAUGUAAUUCUGGUGACCUACAGUGUAGCCUUUACGGAGCUGAAGGUACAGCACAUCAGCUUGGUGGCUCACGGCUUUAGUGAGUGCUUCCUGGCUUGAAUGCGACUCGAUUGCAGCUGGAGCAUGUCCAUUGCAGGCUUGACUGCCCAGGAGAUUUGUUUACCCCCACAAAGCCUUUUCCUGCAUAGCAGUCAAUGCCAUAGCAUGUCCAAAGCCAAGUCCUCCUGGAAAUACGACCAUGAUCUUGACAACUUCUACUUCAGUGUCGAUGCCUCUGUAAAUUGCAAUGUCCAAUCCAGGCAACAAGUGCCAUCGUUCUUAGCAGGAGACAAACACAGAGUCCAUUCCUGUUCCCUGCAAAGUCCCGGAGCCCAGCCGUUGCCUCCCAAAAAGUCCCGACCCACACAGCUCUGCAUAUCCUCCACAUUUGUCACUCACACCCCCAGCCCCGUCGAAGAUGACCAGGUGGUCCCUGGCUUGCAACGUCUCUCUGUAUCCGACCGUAUCUCACCUCCUCAGACGCCUAGCCGGGCAGUGAAACCUCUUCCCCCAAUCCCUUACUCUGUGGACUUAUCUCUUGACCAGACUGUGGACAACGAGGUCGAGUUCAUUGCUGGUGACGACAGUCGUUGUUUGGUAUCCGAUUCUUGUCCGAAACCUUCCCACUUCCGCUAUGGUAUGCACAGUCGACGGAGUUUUAGGGAAUGCGGACAAAUCAAUUAUGCCUAUUUUGAAGGGCCAGUACCCCAUCAAAAGCAGCAACAGCAGCAGACAAAGAAAAAACAUGAACACGAGUCUCAGGAAAGCCUUCUUCCGCAACAAAGGGAACCAGAACAACACAAACAGCAUCAGCAAAAAGCGACAUGUCUGCAGCAGCAGGAGCGAACCCAGCGCAAGCUCCGGCGCUCCCAUUCAGGCCCCGCAGGCUCCUACAAUAAACCCUCAGCCCUUCGCCUGUCCUGUCAUCAACGGAACACCCGCGACCUGGACAAACCCGAAGUCCCUCCUCGGGUCCCCAUUCCCCCGCGGCCCGUCAAGACCGGCGACUACCGCCGCUGGUCAGCAGAGGUCACUGCUGGGAUGUGCAGCGAUGAUGACCGACCUCCCAAAGUACCCCCUAGAGAACCUCUGUCCAGCAGCGUGCCCCGUGCGCCGAGCCCCAAGAGCCUCCCCAUUUACCUCAACGGGAUCAUGCCUCCCACGCAAAGCUUUGCCCCAGACCCCAAAUACGUGAGCCGAGGUCUGCAGAGACAGAACAGUGAGGGUUCCCCGUGCAUUUUACCCAUCAUGGAAAAUGGCAGGAAGGCCAGCACUACGCACUAUUUCCUGCUCCCGCAGCGGCCGACGUAUCUUGACAAGCACGAGAAGUACUUUGUGGACAGUGCUGCGAGUCGAAGGACUGAGGCGUCUGGCUCCAGUCUGGACUGGUCAUGUGACAGCAAGAAGAAAACACACUCAGAACUUGUAUAAGGCAAAGUUUAUAGGACAUGGACAAUGCUUCGUUGUCUGAGAAUCAGGAGGACUCUUCUGCUGUUCCUAAGCAGUUGUUAUAGUUGUUAUAGAGUUACUCUAGUUUUUGGAGAAAAAAAAAGUAGGAUAAGUUCCAUACAACAUGCAGUUACUGAUGUUUUUGGUGGUGUCGUUCAAAAAAUGGAGGCACAGCGGUGGUAGAAGUGCUGCUGCGAAGGCACUGGUCACUCAAUAACAUCCCAGAAUGGUUAUCUUUUAUACAUUUUAUUAGCUCAAUGUUCAUUAUGUGAAAGCCAAGUGUUUAAAAUGCAGAUUAUGGUGCAGUCGAUGGGUAUGAGCUGGUCUGGUACCUCAUUUUAUUCAGUGUUUUUGUUUUGUUUUUUAAAUUUUUACUUUACAGACUAUGUUGCUAGUAGUCAGGUAUUGCUUUGAAGAUUGCUGCUUCUGUGGCCGGCGGUGAAGCUGCGGAGGGACGCUGAGUCAGUAGAGCAUCUGUUCAGUUUGUGUUGAACAUUAAAUAUGAAGUACACCAAGGCCAAGUUAUUGUGUGGCCGGAAUGAAGGAUAUUCCAUAUAACACCUGACUGUUUUAUUGUGAAUAAAUAGGCAUGAAGUUGGAAAUGUAUGCUGUUUAGCCUCCUGGAUCACUAGUGCUCUUAGCUGUUGUAUGGAAGCUCUGUGUGUUUGUGAGUGUGUGUGUGUGUGUGUGUGUGUGUGCUUGUAUGUGUGUGUGUGUGUGUGUGUAAGUGAGAAUGCAUACGGAUGGUCCAUCUUUGUGGCUUACCUUUGUCAAUUUUGAUUGUAAAAACUACGAUGUGCAUGUUACAUAGGAAUGGCUUAAAUGUAGCAUUUGUGUUCACGGUUUUGCACGGACAAUAUUUGAAAUUUCUCAACACUUCACAUUCAGGAAAUGCACCCACAAUAUAUAUAUUUUUUGGCUGAAAUCAGGCGUAAACCAAGCUUAAUGUUGCUGAUUAACUGCAGUUGCUGCAGGUUUCUUUGAUAGAAUAUGCAAACAACAUUAGAUGUGAUGGUUCCUUAUAAACCCAGGCUGGCAGUGAUAACAUACAAACCUGGCUUGUAUAAACAGGAGCUCCUCCCUCAUGUUCCUGUUUUAAAUUGCAGAAUUACUUGUAAUGUGACUUUUGAAAUUUUGGAGGCAAUCUAUUUAAAAUUUUUAUCUAUUGCCUUUUACAAAGUGAAUUAGAAAAACAAAAAAAGCAAAUCUAACCUAUAAUCUUUACCCCAUUUUUAAAGGAAAAAUUCCAGGUGUAAAAUUGCCCUCAUGUGUUUCCCAUGAAUACAUAGAGUUUUUGAGUUUCUUUCUGAAGCUUGGCCCUGCAUUUUAUUUUUGCGCGACGUGUGUUUUUAAACCCGGCCGUGCUCUCUAGCCGUUGUCUUUGAAUAACUGCAAACAAGCUGUGAAUCAGAGUUGUGAAUAGGCCUGUCCUACCUCCCAUAAUGGGAAUGAAAAAUCAUUCUCUUUAUUAAUAUCCCAUUAUCUCGGAACGAUAACGAAUUAUGCAUGGACUCAGUAGACAAAGCGUUUACUAUCUGAAGCCGUUUCCUCUUCGAUGUACUUCCAAUAAUACCAUUAGCUCUCAAUUUUUGAUUACACAGUGACCACUCACAAAAUUAGGAACCUUUCCAAAAACCUUCUGUAUUCAAACCCGUAUACAUAUCUCUGUCCAUGUCUAAUACAAUUGGCUGAGUCAAACAAAACAAAACAGACUUUCCUGUUCUGUGUACCUGCAUACCUAUCAGACGUGAUUGCUGUGGGUGUGGGCCUCAGAGACUUUGGCUGCUGGCAGCGGGUAAAUGAGAUGUUUUAUUGUUAUAUAUUGUUAUAUAAUGGUUAUACACCAUUGUGAUUACUCAGUAAAUGUAGCAGGUACAUCAUAGUUACCUUGAAAAUAAUGAUUUAAAAAAAAAAAAACAGGCUCUGAGGUCAGUCAUCUACACAGAGAUCAGGAACGUAUGUAGCCAAUGCCACUUUGUUUUAAUUUUUGUAUUGUCCCUUGUUUUUAAUUUUUUUUAAAUAAUUUUACAAAAUUCAUUUAUCAGAAGAUGUUUACAUUGUACUAUUUAAUCUUUGACCUGUUUUCCAGUGUCUUAUCUAAAAAGAAAUGAAGGCAAAUUCAAGAAGAAAUGAUUGAUGUUCUCUGCUGUCGUGUGGAACAAGCGAAAAAAUGCACUGAGAGAGAGCAGUAUAUUGUGAUGUGUAAAAGUAUUUUAACACAGUCCUUAGCUACACUGAAUAGUGCUGUGUGUAGUAUAGCUCUUAAAGAAGAAGAAGAAGAAGAAAGAAAAUAAACACUUAUUUAUGACCCGUGUUUGGUCUUAAA